AUGAAGGAACUGGGCCAGAUCUUGACAAGAUUCACAAACUCCCCGAAGCCACUGUGGCAGCAGUACGGCAAGGACUUGAUCCAAAGCCACAACGCGUUGCGCGAGCUUGGAGGGCAUAACAACUGGGACCCGAUCCAGUUCCCUGACUGGCUGCUUCUGGAGAUUGAAAGCAACAUUCUCAUUCGUCGUGAGCAGAUCGAAGUCGCGAAGGCAAUCAUUUCCCCGCCUUCGUCUUCGAAUUCCGUACUGCAACUCAACAUGGGCAGAGGGAAAACCUCCUGUAUUGUGCCCAUGGUCGUGGCCGUCCUUGCAGAUUCAAAACAGCUUUGCCGACUCAUCGUGCCAAAAGCCCUGCUGCGCCAGACUGCCCAAACUUUGCAGUCCAAGAUCGGAGGCUUGCUAGGACGUGAGAUGAAGCACAUUCCAUUUUCUCGACGCACUCCUUCGGGAUUGGGUAUGCAGAAACUCUACGUCGAGCUUCAUCGCGACACCCUUGGCCGCUCCGGAGUCAUUCUCGCCAUCCCGGAGCACAUACUAUCAUACAAGCUGAGCGGAUUCCAGAAGCUUGCUGACUCGAAGCUAGAGGAAGCUCGAGAGAUGAUGGGCACCCUGAUCGUUGGAAGGUAG